UGAAACUUGAAAUUACAAAAUUCGACUUCGGGUUCGGGGAGAUGAGGCUUUAUUAUAUACUUUAUUAAUUAAUAUUUUUCGAUGGCUUGUGCCACAAUAAUCAGCAUUUCUAUUCGCACGUGUUAAUACUGUUUAUUAGAGUUUUAUGGUGAAUUACAAUGGAAGUUGACAGUGAGACUUGGAAUAAUAAUGUAACGGAUGGAGCGAAGUUUGCAAAUUUAAAAGCUUUUGUGAAUGCAGCAAGAGAAUUUGAAGCAACUCACAGUGAAUCUGCUAUUAAUUUAAUGACCAGAUACUUGGGGUUGAUAGCUUCAUCAUGUGACUUAUCAAUAUUCUCCCCUGGACGGUCAGAAGUGUGUGCAUUCUUCAGUGCCCUGUGGCGUGUGAUGUGUGAUGCCAGAGGACCACACUGGGGCGGAGUUGCAGUAUUGUCAAGAGCGAGUAUUGAACCCAACACUAGGCAUGCACUUACACAUACAUAUAAAUUUUUGCCAGUGCUAUCUCGUCUACUGAGUGAUGCAAUAUCAAAUGAAAAGAAAAUCAAAAUACUUUCUGUUAUGCAGGAUAUCUCAUAUGGAAUCAAAAUUAGCUGGCAAGAGUCAUACCUCUCGGAGCUGAUGAAAACCUUAACAACAUGGAUACUGUCUCCUAUGACCGAGCCUCAGCACCGGGUGAUAGGACACAAGUCUCUCACAGUCCUGGUGAAUGUAUGCAACGGGAACCUACCAGCAUUUUAUGCAUUAAUGCGAACUGUGGAUAUGAAGGAUUUUGUUAUGCACUUGAUCAGUUUAAAGGACGGUGGUUAUGGCGGUGUGGAAGUGUGUCGGCUACUGGUCUGUUUGUCCAAAUCAACGCGAGGCUCGGGGUCGACCCGCCAGAGUGAAGUACACAGCUAUCUGUGCUGUACUAUGAGGACACUGCACAAAGCAAUCAUGGAUAAGGAUGAAACACAAUUGCUUCACGCGUACACAUUCUUAAACGACCUUUGCUCUGACGAGAACCACCGGAACUAUGUGAUGACCUACCCUCAUUUUGCUACAGCGCUCAAGGAAUCCUUGCAGGAUAUAGAAAUGUUGUGUACAAUAGCAUCCAAUGACAUGGCCGAAGCAGAGACUACCUCCAGCUGCCUCCGGAAUCUCUUGAAGUUUCUCACAGUUCUUAUGAGCUUAGAUUUGUAUUCGUUACGGAGCGAGCACGCCGCGAUGGUGGCUCUGUGUACGAGGGCGAGCCGCAUCUGUCUCCCGGAAGCGCUGGAGUUGUUUGCCGCAAUUGUUUUGCAUUAUAAAGAUGUUGACUUUCAGAGGAAGGUCGUCUACCAUCAGAGUUGUUGUCGCUGCUGUGCGAGGGUUUGCCAACAAUUCUGGUGCCUCCUGCUUUGGAACCGGGAAAGUCUGGACUACAAUGGCUGCAAGUUGUCGGUGCUUUGUGCGAGAUGGGUGAAACUCAGGAACGGGUACUGCAGGAACUGUAUAUGUUGA